AUGUCUGGCCUUGGGAAGCUCCCCCUCACAAUGACCCUCUGCUUGCUGCUCCUCGCAACACUGUUACCCAGCUCGGAGGCCCGGCGUGGCGGUGGUCGUGGCUUUGGAGGUGGUGGCUUUGGCAGAGGUGGAGCCAGCCGGGGCUGGGGUGGUGGUGGCCAAGCCUACAGACCAGUCCAGAGCAGUGGCCCCAGUGCAGGGAAAGUAGCCGGGGCAGCUGCAGCGGGUGCUAUAGGAGGAGCAAUGGUCGGCUCCGCCCUGAGCCGCCCUGGGUACGGUGGAGGAUAUGGAGGAUAUGGAGGAUACGGCGGCGGGUAUGGAGGAUAUGGAGGAUAUGGAGGUGGAUAUGGAGGAUAUGGAGGGGGGUUUGGCUCCCCACGAUUUGGUGGUGGCUAUGGCUCUAGGCCUGGCUAUGAGCCCGAGGGCUCUGGAGAUAUGGAGUACUACACUGGAGCGUCCAGCGGCCCCAUCUACAACAGUAUCAUCGUUGUCAUCGGCUCCGUCAUGUCCCUGCUGAUCGGCCACUGGUUGGCAGUCAUGUAG